GCAUCCUUCUUUGUCAGCCGCAACCAUGUCGCGAAAGCAUGCUUCCUACAUAAGGAAAAAAGAAAUUUAGAGGUCCACACACUCCACAAUCCGUUAUUGUUCUCACAGAGAAAUGUCACUGUGACCAAUAGGGUUCACCGAGCAACAGCUGCUUGCCUCACCCUCACUCUCUUCCACUCUGUUACCCUCUCCAUGCUGCAACAAUUCCUCCUUUCUCUUGUAGCUACGAUAAGUGACUGCAGAUCACCACAGUUCAGCAAGUCUAGCCGGAUUCCUAUAAUGUAUGUGCUGUGCAUGAGACAAAGAAUCAAGGAAUGGGAGUGCGCGAACAUCAGUCCCCAUCAUAUACAUCAACGAGUUAUAGCUAUCAUCAAGGACUAACAUAUUAGAUGGAUGAAUAGCCUUCGCUAAACACAGAUAUCCGAAUAGAGAGGAUGCACGUUUGCUGAAGUGCAGUGAGUGCGCAGUAAGGGCUACUUUGUCGUACUGAUGAUGUCCUAUUCUCAUGUACUUCCCUUUGAGUCCAUUGUGGUGAUGGUGGUGGUGCUGGAGGAGGAGGAGGAUGUGGAGGAAAGAGUCGCUGACGCAGCAGGUUGUUGAAGGUGCAGAAGAAGAUAAAGCAGCAGCAGCAGUAAGGGAAGAAGCCCUCCGUAUCAGCAGAGGGCUGUCCAUAUUCCAACCAUCUAAUAGGGUGCUCACCAUUCUCAGCUGCUUGCCUGCUUUCAGCAAAAAGGUUCUGCCAGAACAGAAGAACAAAACACUACGCAACUUUACUCCACAUGUGCAGGUGGCAAGGUGUUGGGCCGCUUGUGGAAGCUGUCCCCUGAUAGAACAUCAUACAUGGCCUACAAGGCUUGUGCUCAGCUGCCAUAACAAUAUCAAAAUUUUUGGCAUUACAUUGCUAUGGUGCUACAGCUGGCCAUUGUUAACUCAGAAAUAAGAGAAUCAAAAAUUCCUUGGCUUCCAGAAUGACAGUUCAGAGGACACAUGCUUAUCAUGUAUCACAUUCACAACAAACCUCACCUCAGCUGUACAUCUUCCUGUCGGAAUGCAGCGAUGUUAGGUGUGCCAGCUCUGAGGCGUGGUCUGAGUGGCGGAAUCCCACUUGGUCAGAAGAAGAAUGUACUUGUUCCCUCCCUCCAAAUUUUCGCUUCCUCUCCGCCCAUGAUGGUUGGUAGUUCACAUCACUUACACCAAUGCUUGAUGACGCUGCUUUACUAGGACUACCUCCCUGGGAAAAGGCAAGGAAAAUGAAAUGGAGAUAGUAGGAAUAGGGGUUCCCGUAGGAGUCGUAAGAGUAGGACGAGUAGCAACAAGAUAUUUGGUACACCUCCAGCAACAGCACUGCAGACAACAGCAAAACGAGGGGGGGAAGAAGAAGACGCAGAAGAAGAAGGAGAAGACAAAGAAGAAGAAGAAGAAGAAGAAGAAGAAGAAGAAGAAGAAGAAGAAGAAGAAGAAGAAGAAGAAGAAGAAGAAGAAGAAGAAGAAGACUGCACCUCAAGUACUGCAAGAUGGCCACGGCAAUGAAGAUGAUGAGGGUCAUGGUGAUGAUGAUGACUGGUAUUGACAGUGACAGUAAUGAUGACAAUCACGGUGACGAUACAUAUGGUGAUGAUGGUGGUGGUGACAAUGAUGAUGCUAAGGAUGAUAAUGACGGACGCUGAGUAAGAAUCCCUCAAGAACGUCGGUAAGCAGGUACUACACACCCAUAUCAUUUACACCAACAGUGAGCCCGUAUAAUACGAAUAAUAAAGAAUAUCAUUAAUAAGAAGUAUACGAGAGCAAAACGAGCUCAGGGAUUAUGAAGAAGGAGAAAAACAAGAAGUAGAGGAGGAGGAGGAGGAGGAGAAGAAGAAGAAGAAGAAGAAGAAGAAGAAGAAGUAGUAGAAGAAGAAGAAGAAGAAGAAGAAGAAGAAGAAGAAGAAGAAGAAGAAGAAGAAGAAGAAGACGAUGACGACGAAGAAGAAGGCUUGCUUCAUACACUACUUAUGAACGUGGUAUGCUGCUCCAACACUGUACAUGGUGCCCUUUCCGACUUCCCUGUUAUAGGAGUAGCAGUAGCAUUUUCUGCCGGCCUCAGGUAAGCAGUACAGUAGAUUUCUCUGCUUCGCAGUGCUCGUAUUCCCAGGGAAGGACAUGAAGAGUCCUAGCCUUUUCACCUUCUUUGAACAUGUCUCAUCAAAUAAACUGCUCGGGACUGC